ACCAGUGCUGUCGGCCAAAUUUUUUUAUUAAUUGUUUCUUAGAAAGGUAUCAAUCGCUGAUCUUGACAUUGAUCAAUCGCUGCCAUUCCAAAACAAGCAACAUUUCUUUUUCUUCUUCGACGACGACGACUUCUUUCUAAUCAGAUUAUUUUGCAGAAGUUCUUAAACAAAUUAAUGGAUUCAAGACUAAGUUAAAACCACGAAUCAAAAUGGAGACACUACCCACGUUCUUUAAAUUAGUAUGCACGAAACUUCCACUAUGUUAACUCCUCCAAAGAAUUUUCAAGAUUCAAUUAGUUAUCAAUGAAGGAAAACCACGAAACUCAUUAUGGGUUCUGUCUGAUCAUCAAUAUCAUCUGUCUAUCCUUCAUCAAAUGGGCAUCUGGGUUCGGAUCAAUGGGACCUCUUUCAGGAACAUUUGGGGACAAAAGUUUCUUCUGCGCCAUUGAUGCUAGUGGAAAACAAGAACUCAUCUGUUGGGGAAAAAACUCAACUUCAAAGAUGAACACUUCAUCUUCUUCAAACCCAUCUGCAUCUCUGUUUUUCUCUGCUACUAUUCCUCCUAUGGCGGCUCUUUCCGGUGGGUAUGGUUUCAUGUGCGGUAUUCUAGCGAACACAUCUCAGGCGUAUUGUUGGGAUUCAGAUGGAACGAGUACGGAUCUAAUUCCUUCAACGUUUCAAACCACAGCUUAUUCUCAUAUUGCAGCAGGUAAAGAUCAUGUUUGUGCAGUUAGAGGAUCUUAUUUCUCUGAGAAUGAUUUAGGUACAGUUGAUUGUUGGGAUAUAUUUCCUAAAUCAAACAAUAGUUUUGGGUCAAAACAGAGUUAUCUUUUUCAUGAUUCUAUAAUCAGUAAUCUUGUUUUGAAGAAUGUUGUUUCCGGCGAUGGGUUUAGUUGUGGAUCGGUUAGAGAAGGUGGGUUUGUUUGUUGGGGACCAAAUUCAUCUAGAUUGAAUGUUUCAAAUGUAUCCGACAAUUUCCUUUCGUUUGCUUCUGGAUUAGAUUCUCUUUGUGGAGUUUCUGAAACUUCCGGUCAAGUUAACUGUUGGGGGAAUAACAUUUCAUUUCUUUCUUCUUCGAUUGGAUUACAUUCACAAUCAGAAUCACAGUUCAUAUCAAUGACAUCCGGUUCUCAACAUUUCUGUGGGAUUCGACAAGAUAAUCAUGGGAUUGAAUGUUGGGGGAAUUUCAAUUCAUCAUCCGUCCCAAAAGGUCCUGGCUUUUUCGCGAUUGCUUCUUCCGAUGUCAUUACAUGCGGUAUCAGGGAAGAAGAUUUAGUUCUUGAUUGUUGGUUCAUGAAUGCAUCUUCUCAACCGGAGUACGAUCCGCCAUUACAGCUCUGCAGUCCUGGAUUAUGUCAGCCUGGUUCUUGCGGCGGAGAUAUGUUCGCUUUCAAUGCCAGCAAUCUAAAUGAACAAGAUUUAACGAGUUUAUGCAUUCGAAAGGAUUUAAAGAUGUGUUAUCCUUGUGGGUUUAAUUGCUCAGAUGGGUAUUUUCUUUCAAGUUCUUGUUCUGAGAAUUCCGACAGAGUAUGCACAGCUUGUUCACUUUGUCAAAACAGUUCAUGUUGGGAUGUUUGCGGUCUUCUUCCAUCAAAUUCAAUAAUUUCUCAACAAAAACACAUGUCUCCUCAAUUACACAGAUUAUUACUCAUCAUAAUCGUAUCGUCUUCAUUCGGACUCGCUUUGGUUCUAACCGGUCUGCGUUUUUGUGUCGUCAAAAACAGAGACCCGAACGCUAAAAAGUUCGGGUCCUGCAUUAGAAACGAGCCAGAAAACAAACCAAACAUCGAUCAUAUACCCUCCCCGGUGUCCCAAUUCCCCGGAAUUGCUCAAGUUUUUCGCCUUUCAGAGCUAAAGGACGCGACAAACGGGUUCAAGGAAUUCAAUGAACUUGGACGAGGAAGUUAUGGUUUUGUCUAUAAAGCAGUCCUCGCGGAUGGAAAGAUUGUCGCGGUGAAAAGAGCGAAUGCAGCCACGAUAAUCCACACCAACAGCCGAGAAUUUGAGACAGAACUCGAGAUCCUCUGCAAUGCUCGCCACAACAAUAUCGUAAACUUACUUGGUUAUUGCACCGAAAUGGGAGAAAGGAUACUUGUUUACGAAUUCAUGCCAAAUGGGACACUAAACGAUCAUCUCCACAACGGUUUGUCUCCUCUAAAUUGGAGUCUAAGGUUGAAAAUAGCAUUGCAGGCCGCGAAAGGACUUGAAUACCUUCACAACGACGCGAUCCCGCCUAUUGUUCAUCGCCAUUUUAAAACCGCAAACGUUUUUCUCGAUGCUGAAUGGAACGCCAGGGUGGCGGACUUCGGACUCAUUGCCCCGAGUGAGAAGGAUCUUAGUGGAGAUGUUCGGGAUGAUGUGUAUAAUUUUGGGAUUGUGCUUCUUGAGAUUCUUAGCGGAAGGAAAGCUUACGAUAGAGAAUGCACUCCCCCGAGUAUUAUCGAUUGGGCACUUCCGAUAAUUAGUCGAGGGAGAGCAGCCGCCCUAAUCGAUAGGUAUACCGCACUUCCGAGAAAUGUGGAGCCUUUACUCAAACUUGUUGAUUUAGCCGAGCUCUUGUUAAAGGAGAAUCCUAGUGAACGUCCGAAUAUGUCGGAUGCUGUACUUGUGUUGGAACAACUUGUCAAGGAUGGGCUGAUCUUAUAAUAUUUCGGAAAUAGAUUGAUAUUUUUUGCAACACGGUUUGUCAAAUAAUGAUUUUCACAGGCGAAGAAGCUAUCGAUACCGAUACCGAUGACUAAGGUUAUUGGCCGAGGCAAUUGUACAUUUGGAUGUGAGCUUCUUGUACAUUAUAUUGAGUACAACAUUUUGUUUUCUAUUCUUGUAUUAAUUUCAAAUUCAAUUUCUCUUUAGGAAAUGCCUUCUUUUUAUCAUUUUAGUUUGUGCAAAGAACUUGCUAGGGUGAUUGAUAGUUUAAGUGUGGGUGGAUAAUCUUUUGUAUGUGUGGUGUAUGAAGAAUAAAUUGUUGAUGCAAAUGUAAAAG